GCGGCUCUAUAGGAGGAGCAGCUUCAGUCAGACUCCUGCCAUCAGACAUGAAGCAGUCAGGACUGUGUGUUGUUGUGUUUCUACUCCUCUGUACUGACCGGAGAGGCUCCGGGAUGUCUCACCCUAAACCGGCCUGCAGGUAUCCUCCGUCUCAGUGGUGUCGCUCUCUGGAGAUAGCAAUAGCAUGCAAUGUUCAGAAGCAGUGUAUGGAGCUGAACGCUACCAGACCAAACCAGGCCGUUCCUCCAGUAUCUGUCACUCUGUACUACGAGAUUCUGUGUCCGGCCUGCAGAGUCUUCAUCAGCCAGCAGCUCUUCCCCACCUGGAACAUGCUGCAGGACAUCAUGACCGUCACUCUGGUCCCCUACGGGAACGCUAAGGAGCUUCCAUCAGCAAAUCCUCCGUUCACCUGUCAGCACGGAGAGCCUGAAUGCAGAGGAAACAUGAUUGAGGCCUGUGUCCUCCAUUUAACGGGACACUCAGCGUUUCAGAUCAUCAACUGCAUGGAGUCGGCUGCCAAUGUUCUCGACGCUGCUCAGCCUUGUCUCCAGCUGUACGCUCCCUCCGUCUCCUGGUUGAGCGUGGACUCCUGUGUGAAAGGACGUCUGGGACACCAGCUGAUGCACGCCAACGCCGUCAUGACCAGAGCGCUGAACCCCGCGCACACACAUGUCCCCUGGGUCACCUUCAACGGGGAAUACAUAGAAGAGAACGAGGACAAGGCGAUGUCGUCCCUUUUCCACCUGGUUUGCCAACUCUACAAGGGGGUGAAGCCUCCAGCCUGCACUGGAGCUCCGGUCAGACUGAGCAGAAGCUUCUGCUGAACACAACAAAAACAACUUCAAUGUGUGAAAACAGUAGAUCACAACAUACACAAUGUACCAAAUAACAUCAAAAUCAUAUUAACAUGAUCAGAUCAGAUUUGAAAGUGGAAUAAAUCUGUCUUGUCUUACACGUACUGUUCUUCUUCUUCUUCUUCUAAAACCUGUAUUUUAUAGCGUCGAUCUAAUAAACUAAGAAAUAAUAAACAA